AUGUCUGGACGCGGCAAACAAGGAGGCAAAGCCAGAGCUAAGGCCAAGACUCGCUCUUCCCGCGCCGGGCUCCAGUUCCCCGUGGGCCGUGUGCAUCGGCUGCUUCGCAAGGGCAACUACGCGGAGAGAGUCGGAGCCGGGGCGCCCGUCUACCUGGCCGCCGUGCUGGAGUACCUGACGGCCGAAAUCCUGGAGCUGGCGGGCAACGCGGCCCGGGACAACAAGAAGACGCGUAUCAUCCCGCGCCACUUGCAGCUGGCCAUCCGCAACGACGAGGAGCUGAACAAACUGCUGGGCAAAGUGACCAUCGCUCAGGGAGGCGUCUUGCCCAACAUCCAGGCCGUCCUGCUGCCCAAGAAGACCGAGAGCCACAAGGCCAAAGGGAAGUAGAGCCCGCCCGCCCGCCU